UGUUACAGACACCUAGAAUAGAUUAAUUUGUCAGUAAGCACUCUAUAAAUAACCAUGGUGUUUGCUUGUUGUGCUGUGGGCUGCCACAACAGACAGGGACAGCGUGCAGGACGCUCCUUUUACCGGUUUCCUACUGACCCAGACAAGAGGGCCAAAUGGAUUGCAGCUGUGAAGAGACAGGAUUGGGAGCCAACAGAGUACUCCAGACUUUGCAGUGAUCAUUUCAUUUCAGGAGCAAGGAGUAACCACCCCCUCUCCCCAGAUUUUGUUCCCAGUGUCUUCCAACACACCUCAUCACCUGUGAAGCGAAAAGGGCAGCAGUCUCUGGAGUCAUUUCAGCAUCGACAGGCCAUGAAGUCCAGAAAGAGAGAGGAAGAAUCCCAUAGAUCAGCUGCACAAGCUCUCCUGGAUCUAACCUCAGGCCUGAACAUUCCAGUAAAGGACUUGGAAUUAGAGAAUACUACUGAGGCAGAUGUUGAACGAACAUUUGAAACCUCAAACAGUGCUCAGAAAUAA